UCAGUCUGUUCCAUCCUCCGGUGGAAUCAAUUCGGACACUCUGGACCACUUUCGCGCAUCAUCACCAUCUUCCGAGCUGGAACAUUUUUAACUGAACUGAGAAAAAUUUAACUCAGAAUAUAUUUUUCUCUACUGCUCCUUCUGUUGAUUUCUUUGUAUGUUCCUCAGGAACACUGGGAAAUAGGACCAGUUUGAUCCAUGCGUAAAAGUCCUUACUGAGUGAUUUAUCCAGAGAAGACUGACGAAAUUAGUUACCGAUUCCUUCCUACUCUCUAGAUGGAGGUUUCUUCUCCUUCAUGACAGUGGAUUUAGGUCUUUAUAAGCAAAAGGAAUAAUUUCAUAAACUUAACUGAAAAAAAAACCAAAAAACAUUCUUGUCUCAUCUGGAACAAUAUCCAUAUUUCUGUGUUGUUUUAAAUUGGAUCUAUGUUAGAGAGGUGCCCGUUUCCGUGGCUCCAGCGGACACUUUGCUGUCUUUUGUAAGUAAAAUAGUCUAAAUGGAAACAUGACCAAAGGUGCAAGAGAACCGGUUUUCCACCUGCUCCUGCUGCUUCUUUAUGUCCCACCGGCGUGUCUCUCCGGGCAGCACAGGCAUCCAGCGCGCUAUUUUGGCCACAUCGCUGAAAACUCCCCGACUGGAACGCCUGUGGAUGGGGUCCUAAUCCCUCUGGAAGCCGGAGUCUGCUCCGGUGCAGAACUUGAUGGCAACCUGUAUGGGAAUUAUCCAUCUGAUUUCAGGAUCGUUUACGACUCUGGACAUCGGGAACAACAAGGACAUUUGAUUUUGGUGUCCGCCAAACCUUUGGACAGAGAGAUUAUAGCGAUGUACGAGCUGACGCUAGAGCUGCCGCCCCUGUGUCAGAGGAGAGCAGCGGUCGUCCAGGUUGAGGUGUCCGACAGAAACGAUAAUAUACCCCAGUUCACCAGCGGGAAUAAAACGGUGGAAGCAGACGAGCUGGCGCCUCUUGGAACCGUGUUGGCUCGCUUUGACGCAAAAGACGGCGACGCCGACAGAAACGGACGCACAACUUUUUACGCAUCACCAGAGUCCAGUUUGCUGCACGUGGUUCCACAAACCGGCCAGGUGAGGCUCGUCGGGUCCCUGUUGGGGGUCAGCCAGCUCACCCUGCGGUUGUACGUGAAGGACGGCGGGGAUGUGGCGCUGGUUGGUGAGCCGAUCUUCCUGUGGGUCAACGUCCAUGGGUCCAGCAGAGCGAGGCGGCGACCCCGCGCUCUGUCCGAGGAUCUGACCUACACGGUGAACGUUUCGGAUCACACCAGAGUCGGUGAUCUGGUGUUCACCGUGCCGGACCUGAAGUUCGAACAGCGGUGGUUCGAGGUGAUAUCCGAGGCCGAUUCGCCCGUACAGAUCGAAAGGGACUCGGGGCGCUUGUACCUAGCGCGCAGUCUGCUGGAGCCUGCGGAGGUGGUGGUGAAGAUCCAGAACCUGCGAGGUGAUGAGUGGUAUCUGUGCAGAUUAUCUUUGAGCUUGCCCAGUCAGGCUGACCUCCAGUGGGGGAUGUUUCCGUCACCUUACCUGGGUGCCGUGGGUCCUGAUGCCACCCCUGGCUCAGUAGUGUAUCGUCUGUCAGCGAGACAACGAGACGGUACACUGGGACAAGCUCACUUCGUCCUACUGGAUGGAGGUGAGGAGUGCUUUGAGGUGGAUCGUCGCUCUGGGUUGAUCAGGACAACAGGACGACCUCUGACCCCAAGCAAGGAGUACCAUCUGCGGGUCCAGGCCGUGAACGGAGGAGGUCGUAAAGGUCCACCAGCCACUGUUUCCAUCCUUGCCGGAUAUCGACCACCACAGUUCACCAACUCCACUUACAGCCUGAAUGUGCUGGAAAACACCCCUGUUGCCCAGCCUGUUGCUGUGGUUCAGGCCAUCUCUUUCCAGAAGAAGAGUCUGUCCUACAUGUUACUGAUUAACCCUGGAAACCUGUUCAGCAUCAACCAGGAAAGCGGCGCACUGAGCCUCACCAGAUCGGUCGACUACGAGAGCGGUCACAACCUGCACACUCUGCAGGUCCGCGCCUCCGAAACCGACACCGGCCUCAGUGGCGUUGCGGAGGCUGUUGUCCACAUAAUGGACGAGAAUGAUUGCACACCAGAGUUUCUUCACUCCAUCUACACCAGAGAUAACAUACCUGAGAGCGUCGCACCCGGAACCUCACUACUGCAAGUUCUGGCUCGUGACUGUGAUUCCGGCUUGAACUCCGAGCUUUCCUACUUCAUUCCCAGUGGCGAUUUUGACAUCACAUCUGGGGGCGUGGUCAGCCCUGCCCGUCGCCUGGACUACGAGCGGCCCAAUCACAUUUACGAGUUUGUGGUUGUCGCAGUGGAUGCAGGGACACCUCCUCGAACUGGGACGGCCUCUGUUCGUGUCCGUGUGGCUAAUACCAACGAUGAAGUGCCGGUCUUCUCCCAAAGCAUCUAUAAGACGUUCCUCAGUGAGGAUGCCGGUCCCGACACACUGGUCGCCAUUGUUCACGCCAAUGACCCAGAUGGGGACGCUGUCUCUUACGCCAUUACAGGAGGUAACGAGGACAGCAACUUCCAGCUGGAUAACCAGAAAGGCAUCAUCAAGCUGCGACGAAGUCCACCACCCAGGCUCAGAGGUCCUCAGUACAUCCUCAACAUCACUGCCACAGAUGAUAAUGCUUCAGGUGGUCCCUAUCCACUCAGCAGCGCCGCACAGGUCAUCGUUGGGAUCAAUGACAUCAACAACAACAAGCCAGUGUUUGAUGAGUGUCAGAACUACAAUGCAGCGGUUCUGGAGAACCAGGCGCCAGGGACCUUUGUGCUGCGAGUUGAGGCACACGACGCAGACAUGGGGGUUAAUGGAGAGGUCAAAUAUGGCAUCAUGCACAGAGACGGUGUGUCGUCUGGGUUUGAUAUUGAUUCUGAUACUGGUGUGAUCACCACAGCAGUGAGUUUUGACAGGGAGCGUCAGAGGGAAUUCACGCUUUCUGUGACGGCCACCGAUCAGGCUGAAGAGCCACUGAUUGGAAUCUGUCAGAUCACGGUGCUGAUCUUAGAUCAGAACGACAACGACCCCAAGUUUGAAAACAGCCGUUACCAGUACUUCCUAAGAGAGGAUACUCCAGUUGGAACUAGUUUUUUACGUGCAGCAGCACACGAUGAUGACCAGGGGAGUAAUGCGGCGAUUACCUACUCACUGUCCAACCAGAAGCCAACUUACCUGCACAUCAACCCCAACACUGGCUGGAUUUAUGUCAACCAUCCCAUCUCACAGACAUCAAGGAUCAACCAGCAGAUCUUGGCCUCAGAUGGAGGAAAUCGCUGCAGCUCAGUGGAGCUGACCGUCAUCAUCACCAACGUUCACAACCAGCCACCCCACUGGGAGCAACCAGAAUACUGGGUCACUGUCCCCGAAAACACUGUCAGAGAUGCCAAGAUAGUGACUGUCAAGGCAACGUCUCCGCUUGGCGAUCCCAGGGUGACCUACAAUCUGGAGGAAGGCCUGGUGCCAGAGACCAACAUGCCGGUGCGGUUCUACAUCAAACCAAACAGGGUGGACGGCUCGGCAUCGAUCCUGGUGGCCGAAAACCUCGACUAUGAGACGACACGCUUCUUCACGCUAAGAGUGCGUGUGCAAAACGUUGCUGCUGUGCCUCUCGCCUCCUUCACCACCGUAAAUGUCAAUGUGACAGAUGUCAACGACAAUGUUCCUUUCUUCCUGUCAUCCACCUACGAAGCCACCGUUCCCGAAGGAGCACAGAUUGGCACCUCAGUCGCUCAGGUGUCAGCAACGGAUCUUGACUCGGGUCUGCAUGGGAUGAUUCACUACACAAUCCUGAAAGAUGAGAGUGGAGACUCUCAUUAUUUUAACAUCGAUUCCCGCAGCGGCACCAUAGUCACUCGUGCUUCGUUUGACCGCGAGCAGAAAGCUUCCUACCUGAUCGAGGUGCAGUCGCAGGAUGGCUCCGAGUCAUCCCGACCAGGCCAGCAAGGCCAGCCAAACACAGACACCGCAUACGUCAGGAUCUUUGUCACCGAUGUCAAUGACAACGCUCCAGCGUUUGCCCAGCCAGUGUAUGAGGUCAGUGUGGAGGAAGACAAGGAGGUGGGCUUCGUCCUCAUCACCGUCACAGCCAACGACGAAGAUGAAGGCGCAAAUGCUAAGCUGCGCUACCAGAUCACUUCAGGAAACACCAUGGGGACCUUUGACGUGGAGCCUGAGGUGGGCACCAUCUUCGUGGCUCAGCCACUUGACUACGAGAUGGAGCAGCGCUAUGAGCUCCGGCUGGUCGCUUCUGAUGGGAAGUGGGAGAAUGAGACCCUGGUGGUGGUUCAAGUGGUCAACCGCAACGACGAGGCCCCAGUGUUCAGUCAGAUUGAGUAUCACUCUUCUGUGAUGGAGGAGCUCACUCAGCUUCCUGUGUUCAUUCUAGAGGUGUCAGCAACAGAUCCCGAUCAGGAAGCAGACCAGACUGCACUCCGUUACUCCCUCCACGGCCAGGGUGCCGGUGGCGAGUUCACUAUUGACGAACAUACCGGAAGAAUCUACGCCCAGCGUCGCCUGGACCGCGAGGAACGCCCUGCCUGGAGAUUCCUCGUCCUCGCCACAGAUGAAGGAGGCAUGGGGCUUACAGGAUUCGCUGAUGUGCUCUUAGAAGUCAGAGACAUUAAUGAUAACUCCCCCUUCUUUCCGUGCCCCGCUCUAGAGGUAGACGGAUGUUUCAUUGGCCAAGUGCCUGAAAACUCACCUGCCGACACCUCCAUUAUGGAGAUGCAUGCCAUGGACCUUGAUGACCCUAAAGAAGGCAGGAAUGCCAUGCUUACCUACAGCAUCAUCAAGAACAUUCGCAAUGAGAUCAACCUCAACCUGUUCUCCAUAAACGCCACUACAGGGACCAUCUACACAGUUCUGCGUUCACUGGAUCGGGAGACAGAGGACAAGUAUCUGGUGGUGGUGGAGGCCCGGGAUGGAGGUGGUUUGUCUGGGACCGGAACAGCCACCAUUAUGGUUUCGGAUGUAAAUGACCAUCCACCUAUUUUUACUCAGAGAGCCUACACCACUCAGAUGAAUGAGGACAUGGAGGUAAACAGCGAGGUUCUUGUGGUUUCUGCCACUGAUGGAGACGAGGGGGAAAAUGCUGUUGUUACGUUCAGCAUUGUCGGUGGAGAUGAGGAAAGGAAGUUCUUUGUAGAGACAGACAAAGUAAACCGACGCGGCGUGAUAAAACUUAAGAAGAAGGUUGACUUUGAGAAACUCCAUGAGAGGACCUUUAAUCUGACCCUGAAGGCAGAAGAUGCUGAUUUUUUCAGCCUGGCAUACUGUCUUGUUCAAGUAGAAGACUCCAAUGAUCAUGCUCCUGUUUUUUUUCCACAGUUCUAUGAGUCGGCCGCCAUGUCUGAAGACGUUUCUGUGGGAACGAUUGUCACUCAGGUUACUGCAUCAGAUCUGGACUCUGGCCAAAAUGGCCGCUUCUCCUACAGUAUUUCAAAAGAGUCAGACCCUUACAGUCAGUUUCUGGUGGAUCAGUCAGGUUGGGUGGUAGUUGCUCAUUCUCUAGACAGAGAGAAAAUCUCCCAGCACAGGUUAAUGGUUCUUGCAACAGAUGCCGGUAUCCCACCCCUAACCGGCACCGCUAUUGUUAUGGUGACUGUGCUUGAUAUUAAUGACAAUGGGCCAGAGUUUGAGGCUCCCUAUAAGCCUGUUGUUUGGGAGAACACAGCAGCACCACAGGCGGUGCAAAUGAAUGAAUCGUCCAUGCUUCUUCAUGCCAUAGACCGCGACACCUCCGCUAACGGUGGCCCAUUUUCCAUCCGGCUCCUUCUGCUCACCUCCGAUGCCACCAACUUUAAUUUGACAGACUUUCGCAAUGGUAGUGCAGCCAUCACAGCUCUUCGUAGCUUUGAUCGUGAGCGCCAAAAGGAGUACUGCCUUCCUAUUCUCAUGAUUGACAGUGGAUCUCCUCCAGUGAGUUCAACCAACACACUGACAGUCAUCAUCGGUGAUAGAAAUGACCAUCCGCACUUACCUGGACACACCCACAUUGUUGUCUACAGUUAUGAAGGUAUCCUCCCGACAACAGUUCUUGGACAAAUUCAAUCCCCUGACCUCGAUGACUGGAGUGAGAAGGUGUACCGCUUCGAUGGCAAACCUACCAGGUCAUUCGGUCUGAACCAGAGCUCAGGUCAGCUCAGCAUCAAGGAGGGAACCCCUCCCGGCACAUACCGCCUGCAGGUGCGUGUGUCAGACGGUACAUGGCCUGACGUCAUCUCAACCGCUCAGGUGGAUGUCACAGAGCUGCAUCAGGAGGCCUUGCAGCAAGCUGGCUCCAUCCGCCUGAACAAUCUUACAGUUGAGGAGUUUUUCCAGAGUACCAGCGGAGGUCAGGAAAGUCGGUUUUCCCGUCUGGGUCCAAUGUUGGCUGAAUUCUUGCAGACCUUGCCAAAGAAUGUCCAGAUCUUCUCUUUAAGCAAAGCUGACCGGCAGAUUAAUAAAGCGCUUGAUAUCUGGUUUGCUGCACAUGGCUCCCCAUACUACAAGGCUGAGAAGCUACACGGCUACGUAGCGGCAAACAAGGCCAAGCUGGAGGCCAUGCUGGGCGUGUCCAUCGCCCAGGUGGGCCUGGAUGACUGUCCGUUCACGGACUGCAGUCAGUAUGGAGGCUGCAGCAGUGAGGUUUCAUUCAGCCAGGUCCCAGUGGCUCUGAGCUCCGGUAACAUCUCUCUGGUGUCUCUGUCGGGCUCUUCGACUGCACGCUGUGGCUGCAGAGGUCGAGAGGCGACCCACCUGUCAUGCUCCGCUUAUCCCAUCAACCCCUGCCUCAAUGGAGGCACCUGCCAGGAUGGACCCCUGGGAUACCGAUGUAAGUGUCCCCCUAUGUUUGAUGGCCCGGAGUGCCAGCAGACCAAACACAGCUUUGGUGGCCAGGGUUAUGCCUGGUUUCCUCCCAUCAAACCGUGCUUCCAGAGCCGCAUCUCCCUGGAGUUCCUGUCCGAGUCGCCCAACGGGCUGCUGCUCUUCAACGGACCGCUUGGCCUCGUCCAACCUGGGGAACAGGAGGACUUCAUUGCCAUCGAGUUAAGGAACGGUGUUCCCGUUCUGAGCAUAAACCACGGAUCGGGAACUCUAACCCUUCAGCUCCCACCUACAGCUACGAUCAAUGACCGACGCUGGCAUCGCCUUGACAUAAUCAGUGAUGGAAAGCUUGUCCAGCUGAUCCUAGACCAGUGUGGUGGGGUUCCAGUGAAUGAGAUGGAAGGUGUUGGAGGGGAAGCCCGAAAGAUCGAUGAGUCCGGCUGCAGAGCUGCAGGAGAAACACCCGGGAACCAGCGGUAUUUAAAUGUGUACCAGCCUCUUCAGUUGGGAGGAGUGAAGGAAAUGUCUCCCUACCGCCGUUACCGAAGUUUUACUGGAUGCAUCCGAAACCUCGUAGUUGACAGUCAGGUGUAUGAUCUGGUGAAUCCAGGUGAGAGUGUUGACAGUGCGCCAGGGUGCAGGCUCACAGACGGUGUGUGCGUGACAGCGGCCGGUCCUUCGUGUGGAGUUCAUGCCUCCUGCCUCGCCGACUGGGGCUCCUUCAGCUGUGAGUGCCUUCCCGGAUACACAGGACACAAGUGUGAAAGAGCUGUCCAGGAGUUCUCCUUUGACUCGAACAGCAUGGUGCGUUUUCAGCUCAGAGGAGGCGGCAGCUCCAGGCGCUCCAACAUCCAGAUGCUCCUCCGAACCAGAGCCACCUCAGGGACCCUGCUCUCUGUGGCCUCCCGGGACGCCAACGAGUACAUCAUUCUGGAGAUCAUUGAAGGUCACAUCUCGGUGCGUGCCAACCUGGGAGACGGUGCUCACUCUCUCCAGCUCCCAGGUCACAGAGUGGACAUCGGACAAUGGGUCCUGGUCAGCCUCGGUCGCCAUGACAACACGUUCACCCUGCGACUGGAGCAGGGAGGUGGCUCACGGGAGGUUCAGGCUCAGCUGGGGAGCCGCAGGGAGAUCUUGGUUCAUCCAGCCAGCCUGAUGGUUGGCAACAGACCAAACGCUGGAGACAGUGCUGACUUUCACGGAUGUCUGCGGGAUGUUCGUUUUAACGGCCACGUCCUCCCUCUGGAUGGGCAGAGUCGGGACUUGGUGACGGUACUGGAGAGGCGAGGGGUCACCUCAGGCUGCUCCAGCGAAGCCUGCAGAAACCAACCCUGUCGCAGCCCCCUCCGUUGCAUUGACCUGUGGAGAAAACACCAGUGCAAGUGUCCAGGCCCUCAGGUGACAGUAACAGAUGAGUCCGGUCUCCAGCGUUGUGUACCGUCACCCUGUGGUCCUUCCUCAUGUCAUAAUGGCGGCAUAUGCCAUGCGUUCUCAGCCGACAGUUACCAGUGCCGGUGUCAGGAAGGCUUCCGGGGUCAACGCUGCGAGCUUGGUCAGGUCAAAGGUCAGAGGAUGGCUGCUCUCAGUCCAAGCUCCAUCCUCGCCAUCAGCAUGUGUCUUCUUGUCUUUUUUGUCGUUUUGGUGGCAGUGACAGUUUGGAAUCAGAAAGGCAGCAGAAACAAGUUCAGGAAACGAGGAGUUUAUCACAUUCCUGCAGAACACCAGAGCUGGGAAGACAUCCGCGAAAACAUCCUCAACUAUAACGAGGAAGGAGGAGGAGAGCAGGACCAGAAUGCAUAUGACAUCACAGAGCUGAAGCGUCCUCUAUGCUCCAGUUUGUCCCAGUCGUCCUCCUGCACCACCGCCCCACUCAUCAAGUCCUCUCCAGGCUCCCAGGAGGAGGUUCAUCCGUCCAGCUCCUCCUGCAGCUCAGGCGCUCCCUACCUCAGCAUCCCUCAUCACCACCACCACCACCACCAUCAGAAUGCAGUGAGCCCCGGCUACAACAUCGAUGCCACCUAUGUCAACUACACCUCUCACACAGGCAGGGACACAGAGACGAGUGACGCCGGCCGGUAUGUUGAUGCUCCGCAAGCGAUACGCUCCCAUGUAGACUUUAAAAGCUACGUGGAGCGAAUCAUUUGGGAGGCGGACAACGACAGUGGCGCUUUUCCAGCCGAUGCCUACCAUGUCUGGUGCGUUGAAGGCUCUGGGUCCUCAGCAGGAAGCCUCAGCUCUCUGGGGUCUGCUAUGUCCUGCAGAAGAAUGGCUGCUGGGGACAAGGACAUGGAAGAGGAGGAGAACGAAGAAGGUUAUGUGAAUGACAGGUUGUCAUGGUGGGGCCCAAAGUUUCAGGCUCUGAGUGAGAUGUACGACCGGCCGCAGCUGGGCCUGACAUACAGGGACGCAAUAGCCUACAUACAGAGGAGCCACAGCCAUGAUCUCUUGCCUCAGCAGCAGUAGGGGGAGCCACACAAUGCCAAAUCCACAGUCAUUCAAUGAUUAUAGUAUAAGGUCAGGAAGUGCUGCUUUCACACAUUAUCAGAAAACAAACAAGUAAGAUUGUCAAGAAAGGUGAUAUCCCAGAGAGCUGGGUGUUCAGAUUAAAAUUAAUAACAUUUACUAUUAUGGUCCUAUCAGGGAUAUUUAUUUAGGGUAGUUAUAGUAAAAUAAAUGAUAUCCUGUUCAGCUGAAAAACUUCCAUAGAUCAGCUAAAAAUUAGUCACUAACACAUAUCUUUAAAAUUAAAGUCAGUGUCAGACAGAAGUAAAAGAAGCUAGCAGUGCUCCUCAGUUGGCCAUUAUAUGCAAUGGAGGAAUGAAACCAAAGAAACUGCAGAUUUGCAUAUAGGUAAAUAAACAGACACCACACAAUGCUUUAAUUUGUUCGUACUGGCUGAUAUUUUUCAGUCUGUUCCUCUCCUUCAUUUUUUUAUGUUGCUGUCAAAGUGGCGGGCUACAUGGUGAUAGCAGUGCAGCAAGGCUUUAUGGGGUCUCUCUGGAUGUAGUUUGCCUGUUCUCUCUGUGCAUGCGUAGGUUCUCUCUGGGUACUCCGGUUUCCUCCUACAGUCCAAAAGCAUAACUGUUUGAUUAAUAGGUCUCUCUAAAAUUGCUUUUUUGAGUUAGUGUGCAUGUAUGGUUCUGUGUCUCUGUGUGGACUGGCAAGGGUGUACCCCGCCUCUUGCCCGGUAACUACCUGAGAUAGGCACCAAUGACCCUACAUGGAUAAGCAGGUAUAGACAAGGAAAAAAUGGAUGGAUGUUAGAGAAAAUGGCACUUGUUUUUAGUCUGAGGACUCCAGAGCGCUUUACACUUUAACCAGUCAUCCACCCAUUGGUUGGUACACACAUUGUUAGGUUACAAUCGGCACCACCAGGCCCUCUGACCACCAAAGCAGCAGGCGAGGAGAGGGAGCUGUCUUGCCAACGAGAGUUGGGCAGGUUUAACCACAAACCACACAUUCCCAAAACAACUUCUCAAAAAAAUGUUGUGUGAAUGCAGCACCUCCUCAUCCAUGUGUUAGCCAGUGUUAGGUGGAAAUCAAAAGCUUAUUGUGUUGUGCUCAUUUUUUCACAACAGUUGUGGUUCAGAAGAAAACUCGUUACUGGUUCUUUGACAAUCUUUAAACAAAAACAUUUUUCUUCUUUCAUUAGAAUCUGUUCUUUGUGAUGUAGUUAUUCAAUUUGUGAGAGGUUUCUGGGUCGCGUUGGUCUGCUCUUGCAAAAAUGGGACGUUCAGAGUCAAAGAGUGUGUUUUCUAAAGCAACAUUACCUUCAAAUGAUGUGAAAAACUUUCAGGGUGGCUGGGGGCCAGAGUGGAAGAAUCGCACCGCUACACUUGAAAUCUCAGAAAACUCCAAGGCCUUGAACAUGACUCCAAGUUCUUCUUACAUUUUAUUUGAGCAUUUUUUUAUCAGACAUUUUUUCUUUUGACAUCUAUGUUCGAAAUUUCUAAAUUUCUAAGGAGUUUUGCAGUUUUUGUAAAUAAACAUAAACUCAUCUUAGAUUUUUAAACUCCCAGAUUAACAUAACUAUCUAAACACUUGAAACAAGCUUGUUUCUACCUACUUCUUGCACUAAAAGACGAUUCAGUCUUCAGACAGGACAGAAUAAUCCAUUUGAGGAACAGAACUUUUGUGAUAUUAGAGCGUGAAUACACUUUUUUAGCCCACAGUGUUUCCACCUUGUAAAAUCAGCUUUACUGGUACAUUUUUAAUUAGAUUAUUUUUCUACUCCCUUGAAGAAGUUCAUUAAAGAUCCUCUCCAAUGGUUGUCUGUUGUGCGCUGUUGACAUGCUGUUUGGGAACGCUCGACUGUUUCUAUCCUAAAACUCACUGUUACAUGCAAGUUUGAUCUUCAAGCUGUUUUGAAAUUGAAAUUUGUAUUUCAGAACAGAAGAAACAGAUGAAACAAAAGAAAACCCAGUUUUAUAUUUUUGCAGCUGAAUAUGAGUUUGUUGGUAUAAUUGUUUUUCGCUUUGCUUGCACAUUUAUCAUCCAGACACUAGGUGGUGCUAAAGAUAAAAGAUAAGAGAGGCUACUGAGAUAAAAAUGUGUGCAACUUUAAAAGACUGUAAAAAGAAAGACUGUGUAUCCAAGAUAAAGAGAAAUUAAUGGUGUAAAACAUGCAGGCAAUCAAAUUACUUUACAGUGGUUGUGUGACUUUCAAAAUUAGAUGACUGAUUUAACAAAAAACAAAGAUUUAAUUAUUCGAACUUUGGGAUUUGAUUUGCCUUUUAAAACCUUUUAGCCCUCUACUGUUGUUGGCAACCCUGGUAAAUAUGUACAAAUGUAAGAAGUAAUUGGGUUCAACAAAAUCACUGGUCACUGUUAUUGACACUCAUUAAAAUAAAUGUCACUAAACUUUAGAGUUUUUCUUUUUUUGUUUUUGAUCAAGAAUAUGUGGAACCUUUAAAAUGUCAUUCUAUGACUUGCUGUUUCUCUACGGUAUAAAUACGAUGUGACACAGGGGCCCCGUAAUUUAACUUUAGCUCUUGAAAAUUAGAAAGACAAGAAAACAUACCAUUCAGACAAAACAAAUGUUAGUUGAUGCUGACAAGUCAACAAAUGGCUGCUGGACAGGACCCAAAUGUGGAAAGGGGGGGGAAGAAAUGUCCAAAGCCUUUUUUCAGUGACAGUAUAUGUAUCAGCAGUAUAGCAUUAAUUUAUUUACAAACCUUUUGCACAGGGUGCCAAUAAAUAUUAAGAGCACACAUAGGUAUAGGAUUAAAUAAUUUUAACAUAGUUAAUCUGUGUAUUGAGUUGUAGAAAUGGGUUUAGUUCUGAAGAAAGCUUGAGCAUCCUCAUAUACUGUGAUCCUUCUCUAUACACAUUUGCAUUUUUUGUGUUUUCUCUGUUUAGUUUUGAUCUCAUUAAAGUUUGCAGAUACAAAGUAAGAAGCCCCGAGCAACAUAGCGGGACUCUGAAAAAGCUUGGCUGCUUUCUGCUAUCCUAAUCUCAGCAGCAACCUAUAAAGAUUAUUUAGUGAUCAUUUAAGAGUAUUUUCAUGGCUCAGCUGCUGUAAAUUCAGCUGUGCGAUCGGGCCGCAGCCAUUUGUUUCACCUGCAUUAAAGCAGACAGUAAAUUUGUCUUCCUGAAGGUGAGAUAAGGAACAAAAAUAGAAGAUGCUGCCCUUGACUACAGCAGAACAAUUGUUUUUCAGUAUAAGAUUUUAUAGACUGAUUUUUAUCUUUAUUAUCAGAAUGAAGACAGGUGGUUUGUUUCUUGGUGGAAGAUGAGUUUACCAAGAUUCACUUUAAGGGGGUGUUUCCCAGCAUACAUCUCAGCCCAGUCUAUAAUCACUACACUGCCUGGUGAAUGUAGAUUGACAUGGAGAAGAGAAGAAGACUGGAUUUAAGUAAAAGAACAAUCAGAGUAGACAUCUUUGUUUAAAACUUAACUGAAACUUCCCCUGCCAACACAGAAAGGUUUAAAGUUUCACCUCACGUCACGGUCGCCUCUCCGUUAUUGUGAAAGUUCAAUCUUUCAGUAUUUUGGAUUCAAAUGUCAGGAUUUUUGCAGCUGCCAUUAGGAAUUAAUUCUAGUUCUUUCCUUCAGAUGGUGAAACAGUCUUUGUGUUUCUCUUCUGGUGCCUAAAAACGAGUCAGAAUAAAAGCAAAUUAAGCCCUGAAAGAACUGUUCUCAAAGCUAUGCAUCCAAAUGGAGUAACACAGGUGUGUGCUUUUUUCUAAACUGUUGGUUCGAAGCAGAUGUUGAGUGAGUUUUGGCCUGUUCAGUGUUCAGCAUCUGUUCCUGUAGGUUUAAUGUUUUUCUCAGCAAUGAGCAGAGAUGAACUGUGUAAUAUGAUGUACAUAUAAACAUUUUAUAGCUGCCUAUAAUGAAUUAUUCCUUUUGUAUGUGACUUUUAUUAAAAAAAAAUAAAAAAGCCUUUUCCCCAGAA